UAAUAGUUAGUGCCCCUAAAAUGGUAAAAGAGUUGGUGGUUUUAUUAAGAUUUGGCGUGUUGCGUAGCUGAAGAUAUGCUUGGAGAGGAGGAAGAAGAAGAAGAGAAUUCCUUUUGUUUUCUUCAGCUAAUCCGCUCAUUCACUUCGUCCUCAUCUUCACUCUAACCGCCUUUCCAAUUCUAACGCCGCCAUGGCCUCCCAAUCGCAGUCGCAGCCUCAGCCUCAGCCUCCUCCCACUCCCACCGCCACUACCAAUCAAGGUUCUGAAGUUGUGCAACCAACAAAUGUGGAUCAGAAAAAUGCUAGAGAAGAGCCUGCUAAACAGAGUUCAAUUACAUCAGUUUUUGUGAACUCACAACCGUUGCGGGAAGAACAAGUUCAGAAUGCUGUGAAAUUUCUAUCGCACCCAAAAGUUAGAGGUUCACCUGUCAUCUAUAGGCGAUCAUUUUUAGAGAGGAAGGGCCUUACAAAGGAGGAGAUUGAUGAAGCCUUUCGGCUUGUUCCAGAUUCAGCUCCAACUGUGCAGACAUCUGGUGUAAAUCAAGAUGAGCAAAUGAAAUCAUCAUCAAACAUUCAGCAACAGUCCCAACAACAAACAUUGCAGCCAAGUCUUCCUGCUUCUACUGGUGUUAAUACUUCAUCAGGAACCUUAUCACGCUCCAGAUUUCACUGGUCCCAUGCCCUUAUUGCAGUUGGAUUACUGGCUGCUUCAGGUGCUGGAACAGCUAUAAUAAUUAAGAAUUCUAUUCUCCCUCGGUUAAAAUCUUGGGUACGCAAGGUUGUCUUAGACAAUGAUGAUGAACAAUUAAAGAAAAAUGACAACAAACCAACAGUGAUGGAAGAAGCUGCACAAGCUGCAAAAUCAGCUGCAGCUGCAGCUGCUGAUGUGGCAAAAGCAAGCCAAGAAAUACUGGCUUCAAAAGGGGAAGAGAGGAGAUACUUCACGGAAGUUGUGGGCCUUUUAGAUAAGCAAGUACAAGAAAUGAAGUUAAUGACAAAUGCCAUAAGAAGAUUGGAAGGACAAGAAGAACUUCGAAUUAGUCAAACAAGUUCAAAGCAACUGAUUGACAUGCGUUCAGUGAGAUCUUCAUCCCCACCUGUAUCUGUUGAACCAUCAAGUGGUCUUCAUCCAAAGUCAUAUAUGGAGAUAAUGGCCAUGGUCCAAAGAGGAGAGAAGCCUUCCAAUAAUAGACCAUGGGAGGUUGGUCAGGUGCAAAGCACGUCUACCCAGAUCCUUCAAUCUCAAGUAAAUGGUGAAGACUUGAAUACCAAGGCCCAGGGUAUCCCUCAAUUAAACGGUGAUGACCCAUUGCCCUGGUGGCAGAGGAAAAAUGUCAGAAUCAGAGAGAUUGAUAAUGAAAAUGAAUAUAAUGGAGUACCUUAUGCUGCUUCAUCCAGUCAGCAGCCAGUGCAACAGCCAGUUCAACGCACAUGGGUUCCUCCUCAACCGCCCCCCAUAGUUAUGGCGGAGGCUGCAGAAGCAAUCAGACGCCCAAAGCCAGCAGUUCAAAAGGAACAGAUGUCAGAUAAUCAGUCAGUGACUCAUUCUUCCGAUGGCUCUGAUGACACGCAUAGUGUCUCAAAACCAUUGGAAUCUGAAGGUGCGGUAGAGGGCAGCAGUUUUAACUCAGUUUCCAGCUCUGGUGAGAUACAAGAGGAGCAUGAAGUCAAAUAUGAUGAGAAAUAAAGAAUGCUGCGAAGCAAAUCUAUUACAAACUAAUGGCAACGCGAAGGAUAAAUCCGAAGUUGAUCAAACUAGCAGUGAAAAUUGUCUUCAGCUAAGGAACAAAUGAUUCAGGGAGGGCUUUGACGAAUUUUUGAAGAGUUUUUACAGAAAAGACGAAUGAAGAAAAAGAACAUGGCAAAGUACAAGACUGAAGACUUUAUCUAUUUUUAAUUUUUGUUUGUUAUCUUCUAUAUUUUGGACCAAACAUAACACAUCAUCUUGAUGUGAAAUAUUAAUGAAAAUCUUAGUAUUUUUAUCGUCUUGA